AUGGAAGAGGAAGAAGAAAUAAAAACCAAAACUGAAAGCGAAGACGCCACAGGUAUAAAGUUAAGACCGCUAACUAAAUACGAAGAAGAUAUGAUGCUAACUCUCCUCCUUCAUGAGUUAAUAAAAUCUUUUUACUUUAAAGACUUUGCUUUAUAAAAUUUAAAUAUUAAAAACAGUAUAUAAUUUUUUGUCGUAAAUGUGUAGGGCAUCUAAUUUUUAAUUUAUAUAAACUUUUAAGGUUCCUAGAUAUAAUAAUAUAAAUAAAAUAUUAUAUAAAAAAUUAGUUUAUUUUCACUAGAUAGAAAGAGUAAGAGCUAGAAUCAAACACAAACAAAAUAUCACCCACGAACAAAAAUGCUGGGGCAAAACGUUUCAAGGAUCCGCUUUCAUUCCAAAGCCAGAAAAAAUCCUUUUCGAAGAUUUUGAAGUUGGCCAAACCUAUACUCAAACAGUCAUACUCACAAAUGUUUCUUUUACAUUCAACUCUUUUAAACUUCUGCCUUUAGACCCAGAAAUCAAAGACUUUUUCAAUAUAGUUUUUACUCCUCCAGGCCGAAUGUCAGCUGGGUUGACAUGUCCUAUUCAAAUAACCUUCACCCCACAGAUAAACUCAGACAUAAUUUCAGUUUUCCCAAUCUUAAGUGAAACUGGCAGAAUUGACAUCCCUUUAGAAUGUUUAAGCAAGAAAAGUGUAAUUUCAGUCCAAAGCAAUAUUAUUGAUUUCGGUCAAGUCAUUCUAGGUGAGCACUGCAAUAGAACACUUGUAAUAAAAAACGAAGGUGCGUUGGGUAGUGAAUUUUCAUUAUUAGAUAAAGAUGGAGAAGCCAUUCCUGUAGUUGCUGAUCAAACAAUGCUAGUAACUCAAGAAUCUUCUAUUUCACAAAGCCAAAUUCUUGAAAGCUCGCCAACUUACGAAGAAGUCAAUCCAGAAAGCUUAUUUUCUAUGCUAAAAUUCCCGAGAUCUGGGAAAGUUGAUGGAUACUCCACAACGACGAUUCCAUUUAAAUUUUCACCUGCAGACAUAGGAGUUUAUGAAGAUACCAUUAUGAUUGUAUUCAAAAACAAAAAAACAAGUCCAAUCAUAUUGACUGUGAGAGGAGAAUGCAUUGACGUCCCUAUUUAUGUAGAGCAAGAAGUAUAUGAUUUCAAAGUUUGUGUAUUAAAUCAUACGUAUCGUGAAAAAAUUGUUCUUACUCCCCUUCUUUUAUAUAGAGUAAGAUUAUUUUGCUUGCUCAUGGGGUUAAAUCUUAAAAAUUUAUAUUAAAAUUAUGUAUAAUCUUCCUUUUUAAAAUUUAUAUAUAAUAAACUUUUUAAUAUAUAAAAAAAAAUUGUAAAAUCAUACCUGUAUAAGAAUUUCUUUCUUGCUCUUAAAGGGGCUAUUUUCCUCAAGAGUAGGAUUUUAACUCCCUAUUAAUUGGGCGAUUUAGGAACAGAAGUGUGAAUCCUAUGAAAAUUCAAUUGACAUUUCCAAAAGACGCUAAAGAGCAUUUUGAAUUUAGCCCUACCUUAGGAUAUAUACAAGGAUCAGAUAAAUUUGAUAUAUGGGUUAAAUUUAGACCUGAUAAUAAUGCAUAUACAAUGCUAGCUGCUUUUCAAGAAGCUCCUAAUGCUUUUAAUAUCCCCAUCAAAGUUACAGGAGCCAACCAAGUAAUGCCAGUACCUUUUUCAAUUCAUGUAGAACUAACAAGUGAUCUCAUUACAGUUGAGCCACCUUUAUUGGAUUUCGGUGAUGUCUAUGUACAAACUGCAGUAAGUAUGAAAUUUAUUAUGAAAAGCCACAGCGCGUUACCUCAAGAGUAUGCAUUCGUUCGCUUGCCACAAACAAUCUCAAUACAGCCUUUUGAUGGGUUUGGAACUUUACUUCCAUUUGAAGAGCUCCAAAUGACUGCCAUUUAUAGGCCAGCUCCUGUAAAAGCUGGGACUGAGCUUGGAAAAGAUGCAAAUGACUUCUACAUAAGAGCUAAAACAGGCGACUUAACAGCAAGAGAGUUCAAAGUCUCAUACUCCGCUAAACUUCAGUCCUGCCCAAUUGCAUUUUCUGCUUACAAAAUUGAUUUCCCAGGCCUCCCAGUAGGAGAGAUGUCAGAAUAUAUGAUUUCUGUUACUAAUUCAUCCAGAAAACUACCAUAUGCAAUUGAAAUUAUCCCUCCUCCAAUAGAUGUUGCUGGCCUGAAAAUCACUCCUACUGUGAUUCCAAGGCUUGCAACUGGGGAUAUGGGCAGAAUUCUUAUUAGAUUUGAUUCAGAUUUUAGAGACCUUCAAAAGCGGGAAGAUGCAGAAGAGUGGAAUUUGGAAAAAGAGCUGUAUAAUAUAGGAGGAAAAGUCUAUGAUUUUUAUGUGGAUGAGCCUGCUAAAAGAAGCCAGCAUUAUGAGUGGCUCAUUCCUGUAUAUUUUAGGCCACUUCUUCCUGAUGGAGUGACUCGGCUGCAUUAUUUGCAGAUGAAGACUGUUGUAAUAAACAAAACACUGAUCGCAGACCCAGAAGUGUUAGAUUUUGGAGAAAUUGCUGUUUCUUGCAGAAAAGUGGCAGAGUUUACGCUGCUUAAUCAAGAUACGCAGCCAGUCUCUUUAUCAAUGGAUCCGCUUCCUCCAUUUGGAGGGUUUACAGUCUUAAAUGCUAUGAGAGUAGUAGAGUCUGGCCAAAAGAAAGCAAUAGUAGUUGAAUUCGAGCCAAUCAACCAGCAAUAUUUUGAGGAAAAAUUGACAAUCAGGACUGGAAACUCUGCAGUCUCUAUAGUGCUUAAAGGCAGAGGUGUCAGGCCAGAGCUCAAGCUCGACCCAGAAGAUGGUUUGCUCAAUAUGGGAAAUGCAAUACCUGGUGAUUUUGUCGAAAAAGCUUUUACUCUAAAAAAUAUCGUAUCAUUCCCAUUUGAAUUCAUGCUCAAGAAGAGAAUGGUUGGCGUACAAAAUUAUAACAGCUUACUCCCCCUCCGUGGGAGAACAAAAAAAUUAUGUUCGAUCAAGCAGGGGUUAAUUUUUUUUUUAAAUUUAAAAAAAUCAAUUCACAAAAUUGGAAAAAAAAUAUUAUUUUAAUUUGUUUAAAAUUAAACAGAAUUAGCUCGAGAUUUCAUUAUACUAAUAAUCACUUAUAUAUCAAUUUUUUCGAAAAAAAUUUUUGUUCACUCAUGGAGGGUGGGUUUUGGCAAAAAAUAGAGAUAUUUCCAAUGGUUUUGUUCGCUCACAGAGGGGGGGAGUUAGUUAAUUUUACGUUUAUUCCACAGUAUGGGAGAAUAGAGCCAGGAAGCAGUUUGCAGGUCAAAGUUAAAUUUAACCCUGACCACUCUUCAGAAAGGUAUUAUGAACAUAUCCUUAUUGAUGUUCCAAAUCAAAUUGAUCCAAAAGAAAUUUAUUUGGCUGGAAGUUGUUGGAGGAGAUCUAUGUAUGUCAAGUACGAUAAGCCAUUUAGAUGGCCUUCGUCCCAAGAAUUAAUAGAAGAGGAAAAAGAAGGCGCUUUAAACUUUUUGCAAAAAUCAGCUGAUAAGCCGCCAAGAUUUGUCUUGACCUUUGUUAAAGAUGCUCCUGGUCUUAGUCAAGAACUGCAGGAGCAAACCAGGCAAAGAAAAAUAGUAGUUGGAAACUGCAAACUAAAUAACUCAAAAAAUGAUAAGGCAGGGUCGUUUGAAAUACUUAUGCCAAAAGUGGAUAAUAAUCUGUUUACAUGUGAUGUGGUAAAAGGAAAUACUCCACCUGGCGCCGAACAAAAAAUCACCUUUACUUUUAAUCCGCCACCUCCCGAUCCAUUACUUAACGAGUUAGUAGUUCUAACAUCACCUUAAAUUUUUUAAAAAAGUUAUUUCAAAUUAAUUAAUAAAUAAAUUGUAAAAAGUAUUUUAUUAAUAAAUUAUAAGGGUAAUUAUUUAUCUAAGCAGGAUGUAAGGGGAAUUGGCCAAUGGGUCGAAAUCUUAGUAGAAGGUAGGAUUUUAGGAGGAUUCCUCCCGCCAGGCAUUCCAGAAAGCAGUCCUUUUGAAGUGCUAUUAAGAGGCUACGUUCAGCAAAUUUAA